AACACUUGGUUUUCAGUAACAUACAUUUAUAAUUUACGAAAACAAAACCGCCCAUUGGUUUCAUCAUUAGGAGUCUUGCAUUAUUUGGCAAAUACUGGGAUGCAUCGGUUAACUAUCAAUGUCAGUCACCAUAGCCACUAAACCAAUCGUCAUCAUCAGCUAUUUUCAACCCAUCCACAGCUUUAUUUUGGUCCGUGAUCAUGGUAAUAGUGUUUCGCAUCAAUCGGAGAAAGUGGAAACUCGACAGCUGAUCUGGCAUGGUAUUGUGUAAUGAGGCAUUCAAAGCACAUCCCAGCGGUCAAACUGCAGCUUGUGUAUUUGAUGUUUUUCUUUCUGAAAGUUAUUUUUAUGCACUCCUUCUCAAAGCUUCUCCUGAUAAACUACUAACUACACAAAGUGUGGUGCACACUGGACAAUUUUGUCCACACCUGGCCAUCUGAGACAGAUUUCAUAAUUGUAUUGUAAAAUAUUUAUUUUGUUCUAAGAUGAUAACAUUGCAAACAUUUGAGCUCACUUUUUUUUUUACACAAAAAGGCAGCGACAAAAAAAAAAUUGCACAGUGUGUACACAGCUCAUUUUGCACUUUCAGAGCAGUUGUGUCGUCUUCAGCAGCAGUUCCUGUUCCGUCAGUCAGAACAACGUUUUAGGUGCGUCCCAAUUUAUGUACUUGUGCGCUAUUCUGUGCUGUUUUGUAGUGCAAAUAGUGCGAGUAUUGCAUUCACACUGAAAAUGCCAAAAAGAGAAUGUGCAAUUUAAAUAACCACGUGUUAACUUAAUCAACCAAAAAAAAAAAAAAGUUUAUAAUGUUGGAAAUUUUACAGUCAACUGUUUCAGCUUUAAUUUUGUAGCAGAGGGGAGGGGCUAUCAGACGCUGAAGUUAAAUGACAAAAUAACCGUACAAAUUUCAUACACUACACAGUUGAGUGCAUAGUGCAUAAGUACAUGGUGUAUAAGCGAGUCAUUUGGGACACAACUUUCAUCUCCCCUGAUGUGCAUUCAGUGUGCUUGUGCUCUCUGUAUGCGUGUUUGUCUCAGGCCUUUGACUCUGUGGGCGGGCCUUGCUAAUGAUCUGACUGUGAUGCUGUAACACUAUUGGCUUACAGUGCUGCUGCUCUUCUUCUUUAACACUGCUUGCCCUUCCUGUCGGAUUCAUCUCUGGGGCCGCCCACAUAGCCGUCGGGUAAUGUGUGGGUAACCCACGAGGAAAUGGAGACCCUUGCCGCCCCCUCCAAAACGAAAUCUGCGUCAGAGGAGGGGAGCUGGUCACAGACACUGGCAUACGGGGACAUGAACCACGAGUGGAUCGGGAACGAGUGGCUGCCCAGUCUAGGUCUACCUCAGUACCGCAGCUACUUCAUGGAGUGUUUGGUGGACGCACGCAUGCUGGACCACCUCACCAAGAAGGACCUCCGAGUGCAUUUAAAAAUGGUGGACAGCUUUCACAGAACCAGUCUGCAGUACGGCAUCAUGUGCCUGAAGAAGCUCAACUAUGACAGGAAGGAGCUGGAGAGACGCAGAGAGAGCAGCCAGCACGAGAUAAGAGACGUGCUGGUGUGGACUAACGAGCGCGUGAUUCGCUGGAUCCAGAGCAUCGGCCUCCGUGACUACGCCAACAUCCUGUUAGAGAGCGGCGUGCACGGGGCGCUCAUAGCGCUCGAUGACAACUUUGACUACAGCAGCCUGGCCCUGCUGCUGCAGAUCCCCAACCAAAACACUCAGGCUAGACAAAUUCUGGAAAGAGAGUACAACAAUCUGCUGGCGCUGGGAACGGAGAGACGAUUAGAUGAGGUGAAUCACUAGUUUCUGACAUUUUGUAUAGAAUUGAACAGUCGACAGUGGUUCCAUUCCAAAUGUUUACAUACUGUAGCCAGUGUCAUGAAGGAAACAUCACUUUAAAAAAUGAGUGAUCAUGAACAAAUAUUUUUGUUAAUAGCUCCCAUACAAAU